CAGUGUGACACUUGUGGAAAAGUCUUUAAGUUGAAGUCAGACUUAAAUAGACAUCUGAAGGUGCACACAGAUGAGAAAUCAUAUCUUUGCAAAACCUGUGGAAAAAGAUUUGGGUACAAGUCAGCACUAAAAACACAUUUGAGACUCCACACAGGGGAGAAACUUUAUUCUUGCGAAAUGUGUGAAAAAGGUUUCACAACUAGCACAAGUUUGAAGAUCCACGAGAGAACGCACACGGGCGAGAAACCUUUUUCUUGCAAUACUUGUGGGAAAAGUUUUAGCUUGAGAACUAGCCUGCAGGGACACGAGAGAACGCACACUGGUGAGAGACCUUUUUCUUGCAAAACUUGUGGGUGAAGUUUUAGUGCGAGACAAACCCUGCAGGUCCACCAGAGAACACACACGGGCGAGAAGCCUUUUUCUUGCAAAACUUGUGGGAAAAGUUUUUGUGCGAGUCAAACCCUGCAGGAUCACGAGAGAACACACACGGGCGAGAAACCUUUUUCUUGCAAAAGUUGUGGGAAAAGUUUUACACGUGGAUGUAGGUUGAAAGUUCACAUGAGAAGCCAUAAAGGUGAGGAGUCGUAUCCAUGUACAACUUGUGGGGAAAGAUUUGUUAUCAAAUCCCUUCUAACCAAACAUUUGAUGACCCACACAUAGCAAAACUGAUAUUUUUGUAAAAUAUUGUAAAGAUCUCUCACUUGCCAGUUUAUACAAAGUCCACAGGAGAAUACAUCCAGUUGAGAAGCCACACCAUGGCAACAGGAGAGGGAUAAUAUUUGCUCAAGCAUUGUCAAAGAAGUUGUUACUUAGACAUUGAUUCAUGAAUUAGUGAUACAACAGUUAGGGAAAACAACACUGAAAAUGUUUCCAGGAGAUCAAACAAGAGAUGAACCUUGUUGUAGUUCAAUUCUUUAUGAAGCUCCAUCACCACUGACGAGUAGCAGACUUCAAUAACUUCACAAAGCAAUGAACUACAGCCAGGUUCAUCACUUACAUCUACACAAGAGUUAUUGUGUACAUUUGCAUUAGCUGCAUCUCUGUAACUGAAUGUGGAAAAUAUCCCAUUGAGGAGACAUCACAAUAUCAUUGAUGCAGUACAUGGUCAACAACAUUUGCUGAAGUACCCACGUUUCUGUUCUUGAUGUGACUGUCAUUGAUACAUCUGCAAAGGAAGUGAUGUUUUCACCCAUGUAUCUUUGUUUAUUAAUUUAUCAGCCAUUUAAACCAGAUGGUGCAGGAAGGGGACGGGGGUGAGAGCAAUUGAUUGGGUAAAGUAGCAGAUCCAGGAUAUUUUAUUAUCAGUGAAUGUUGAGAGAUGUUGUCAAUGUGUCAGGAAAGACUGUGGAUCAAGAUGUACAAAUCUGACAUAUUUGUGAUACAGAAAUUUAUAAGAACAAA